AGUUUGGCAAUCCUGUUUGCAAUGUCACACCGCAUUGUCGAUUGGGGUUGUGAUUUAUCGGCCAUUUUAUAAUAUGCAAAACAUACCUUUUAGGUAAAUUGUGUUGUAGUUUCCAGUUGAUCUUCGUAUAAUUAAUACGGCUACGUCGUAAGUGAGUGCUUGACAAAGAAAUUUCUUAAAUCGUUAUACCAUAAGCCGGUGGUAGAAUUAAGUAAUGGUCAAUAUGAGUGACGAUAAAGAAACGAAGGAUUCUUCUGACCGAAAUCGCGAACGGGAUACGAAAGAUCGACGAAGAAGAUCCCGAUCCCGUGAGCAUCGCCGUCGUUCCAGAUCUCGAUCCAGGGAGAGAAGGAGAAGUAGAUCCAGGUCGCCGAGGGGACAUAAAGGACAUUCCAGAAGGAGGAAACCUUCUUUGUAUUGGGAUGUACCUCCACCAGGUUUCGAACAUAUUACUCCUCUUCAAUAUAAAGCCAUGCAGGCCGCUGGUCAAAUACCUGCUAAUAUUGUCGCGGAUACACCACAGGCUGCGGUACCUGUCGUAGGAUCUACCAUCACUCGCCAGGCCAGAAGAUUGUAUGUGGGUAACAUUCCAUUUGGAGUAACUGAAGAUGAAAUGAUGGAGUAUUUCAAUCAGCAAAUGCAUCUAAGUGGCUUGGCCCAAGCUGCUGGAAAUCCUGUCUUGGCCUGUCAGAUUAACUUGGAUAAAAAUUUUGCUUUUCUAGAGUUUAGGUCUAUUGAUGAAACAACUCAAGCUAUGGCGUUUGACGGUAUUAAUUUCAAAGGACAGUCACUGAAAAUUCGCCGUCCACAUGAUUAUCAGCCCAUGCCAGGUAUGUCAGAGAAUUCCAUCAGUGUUCCAGCAGGCGUCAUAAGCACCGUUGUACCCGAUUCUCCGCAUAAAAUAUUUAUAGGGGGAUUGCCGAAUUACCUGAACGAAGAUCAGGUCAAAGAACUGCUGAUGUCUUUUGGCCAAUUGAGAGCUUUCAACUUGGUUAAGGAUACCGCAUUCGGUUUAAGCAAAGGAUAUGCUUUUGCCGAAUAUAUUGAUAUCAGCAUGACGGAUCAGGCGAUUGCUGGAUUAAACGGAAUGCAGCUUGGCGACAAGCGACUGAUCGUUCAACGAGCAAGUGUGGGAGCCAAAAAUGCUACAGUUCUACCGGCUGUUCAGAUACAAGUUCCGGGUCUCAGUCUUGUUGGUGCUUCCGGCCCUCCAACUGAAGUUUUGUGUCUUCUCAAUAUGGUUACCCCUGACGAAUUGAAAGAUGAAGAAGAAUACGAAGAUAUUCUUGAAGAUAUAAAGGAAGAGUGCAACAAGUAUGGGGUGGUGCGAAGCAUAGAAAUUCCAAGACCAAUAGAAGGAGUAGAAGUUCCCGGAUGCGGAAAGGUUUUCGUGGAAUUUAAUUCAGUUUUGGAUUGCCAGAAAGCCCAGCAAACAUUAACCGGACGAAAAUUCAGUAACAGGGUGGUGGUGACUUCAUACUUCGAUCCCGAUAAGUACCACAGACGAGAAUUUUAAAACUAUAAUUAGAGCGAGUUUUUUAAUUUCAUUUAUUAUUGAUUUCAUUUAGUUGUCCAGGUUCUGCAGAAUUGAUUUGUUUUUUUGAUGAGUGAUUUAAAUAAGGACUGAUAACGUUUUUGUAUGCCUGAUCGUGGAGUUUUUUAACAGCUGUAAAGUGAUUAGAAAUGAAGUUCGUAUAACUCAUAGAAAGCCAAUUCGUAUUCGUAUACCGAGCUGUAAGAUAACCAACCUUGGACGUUAUGGGAAUAAACAUCCGUUAGAAAUCAA